AUGUUUGCUGAGUUCGUUAAGGAGCAUUUUAGUUCUGUCUUUGAAAACAGUGCUAAUCCUCGUGGAAAACUAUUUCUUCAGGACGGUGACCCAAGACAGUGCUCUAAAGUGGCUCGUAAGGCAAUAGAUCGUUUAGGAUGCAGAAUGUUUGCGAUUCCUCCACGUUCUCCAGAUAUCAACCCGAUUGAAAAUAUUUUUCAUCUUGUGCGUAAACAGCUUCAAGAUGACGCUUUAAGAAACAAAAUCACGAAAGAGUCUUUCGCUGCAUUUUCAGAGCGUAUAAAACACACCGUGAAAAACAUCCCAGUCGAAACAAUUAAUAAAACAAUUCUUUCAAUGAACAAACGAAUGAAAUUGAUUGUUAAAGGAAAGGGUAACAGAACAAAGUAUUAG